AUGGCGAGACCUGACGCUUUCGUCGCUCAUGUCGUCAGGGCAAACAAGUCCGCGAGCUACAGAGCAAGGAUUGCUGCUGUGGCCUCCUUCUUGUGCCUUCUGAUUGCUGCGGUUUCCUUCACACGGAGAGAAGGAUCAGCAACCGAGUUGGGCAUGGGAUCCGAUGAGAAUGCCAAGUUCCCUGCUGGCUACAACUUCGGCAACAACAAUGUACUAGUCUUCGGCAAGAACGAUGAAUUUGGAGCUGGCGACACGUUUGGAAACGACAACGUGUUCGGAAAGGGCGACACAUUCAGAGCUGGGUCACAGUUUCAAGACAGGAAUUUCUUCGGCUCCCACGUGAAAUUUGGGCCGGGAUCCUCUUUGGGCGACAAAGAGACCAUCGGCGGCUACUCGCAAUUCGGUGACGGGGACCAAAUAGACAUUGGGAAUCGCAACGAGUUCGGCCCUCACUCUGAGUUUGGAAGAAGGACUGCCUUCGGUCACGAGAAUCAAUAUGGAGCUCACACGACCUUUGGCGCAUACUCUUCGUUUGGAAAGCAUGAGCAGUUUGGAGACGACACCGUUUGGGCCCCGAAGCAUCAAACCUUGCAAGGAAAGGACAUGUUUGGUCAUGACAACUGGGGGCUAAACGAAGAUGAGCUGCCAAAGAGUGACAAGGAGACUUGGAAAGCAGUCAAUGAUCCGGAUUUCAUUCCAGAGAAUGACAAGGUUGCAAAGGCUAUCUCCCUGAGAUCAGCGCAAGGUAGCGAUGCACAAGACAAGAAGUAUGCUCAAUUACAGCUGGUCCACCUUGACUAA